UUCUCUGGUUCUCUCUUUUUGCACAUACAUGUGAUAAAAUUUCGGUAGUGCACAAGCUGGCCCAGUUGAUUCUUUUCCUCUUUACGGCUAAGCUUCUAUUCCAAAGCCCCUGUUGAUGCAUUGAACGAUAUUCUAAAAGGGAAAUUUUCCAUUUGUUCUUUCUGAGUAGAACUCAGCAAUAACUUCAUUCUCCCCUGGUUGGUUGAUGCAAAAGUUUGAGAAUUUUUAAGACAAUGAAGAGGGUGAAGAAGCUAGAACAAUUGUUGUUUCUUUCCUAUAGGCCUAAACCUCUUCAAAUUUUCAUGGCCAUGAUGCUUCUCUAUUUGCUCUUCACCACCUUCGAAAUCGAAACUUCUCUUGCUUUCAAGACCAGGUUUGUGUCAGUGUCCUCCUUGCUGGGUACGGAACUCCAAUACACCCAUCUCAGCAAAGCCUCAAACCUUCCCUCACAAGGGGUGUUCCAAGGUUCAGUGCAUCGGAAAACUAUGCAGGGGUUGCAGAAAGUUUCUACCUUAAGUUUUAUUGAGGUUUUGAACGACAGUAGUGUUGCUAAAAACGAGGUUUCUGAACUCCACAAGGCUGCCAGGCAUGCUUGGUUUGAAGGGAAGAGGCUUUGGGAAGAAGUGGAGAGUCUGACGAAAAUCGAGAAUGUGACAAGGUUCAAGGCUGAGAACCUUUCUGAUUCGUGUCAGCAUUCAAUUUCUUUAUCUGGUACUGAAUUGAGGGGGGAGAAAGGGGUCACGGUGAUGAUGCUUCCUUGUGGGUUGACAUUAGGGUCUCAAGUUACUGUCGUGGGGACCCCUCGUUGGGCUCACUGGGAGGAUGAUCUUAAGAUAUCCGUGGUGAAGGAACAGGAGGGGAAGGUGAUGGUGUCACAGUUCAUGAUGGAGCUUCAGGGUUUGAAGAGUGUGGACAAGGAAGACCCUCCCAGGAUAUUGCAUUUCAACCCCAGGUUGAAGGGGGAUUACAGUGGGAAGCCUGUUAUUGAGCAGAACACUUGUUACAGAAUGCAGUGGGGCUCUGCUCUCAGGUGCGAGGGAUGGAAAUCCCGGGCUCACGAGGAUACUGUUGAUGAACAGGUGAAAUGUGAAAAGUGGAUUCGUGAUGAUGACAGCCGCACGGAAGAGGCAAAGGCAACAUGGUGGUUGACCAGACUGAUAGGGCGAACUAAGAAGGUGACUGUUGAUUGGCCAUACCCUUUUGUUGAGGGGAGAUUAUUUGUUCUAACCGUAAGUGCUGGAUUGGAAGGUUACCAUGUUAGUGUGGAUGGAAGGCAUGUGACAUCUUUUCCCUAUCGCACGGGCUUCUCUCUUGAGGAUGCGACUGGUCUAUCCGUAAAAGGGGAUGUUGAUGUGCACUCUAUAUUUGCAGCUUCCUUACCUACAUCACAUCCGAGUUUUGCUCCACAAAUGCAUCUUGAAUUACUUCCUCAGUGGAAAGCUCCACUGCUUCAUGUAAAUGUAGAGCUUUUCAUUGGAAUACUUUCUGCUGGCAACCAUUUUGCUGAACGGAUGGCAGUGAGGAAAUCAUGGAUGCAACAUAAACUAGUCAAAUCUUCAAAUGUUGUGGCUCGGUUCUUUGUUGCCUUGCAUGGAAGGAAAGAUUUAAAUGUGGAGAUAAAGAAAGAAGCUGAUUAUUUUGGUGACAUUGUUAUUGUCCCAUACAUGGAUCAUUAUGACCUGGUUGUGUUGAAGACAAUAGCUAUCACUGAAUAUGGGAUUCGAGUGGCUGCCAAAUAUAUCAUGAAGUGCGAUGAUGACACAUUUGUCAGAGUUGAUUCUAUGAUCAACGAAGUAAGAAAUGUAAGAAAUGGUAGAAGUCUGUAUAUUGGAAAUAUGAAUUAUCACCACAGGCCUCUACGUAAUGGCAAAUGGGCUGUAACAUUUGAGGAAUGGUCAAAGGAAGAGUAUCCUACCUAUGCUAAUGGUCCAGGUUAUAUAAUCUCUUCAGACAUUGCCCACUUCAUUGUAUCCAACUUUGAGAAGCACAAAUUAAAAUUAUUUAAAAUGGAGGAUGUGAGCAUGGGAAUGUGGGUAGAACAAUUCAACAGUUCAAGAGCAGUUGAGUAUGUGCACAGCUUGAAGUUCUGCCAAUUUGGUUGCAUUGAAGAUUACUACACUGCACAUUACCAAUCUCCACGACAAAUGACUUGUAUGUGGCAUAAGUUGCAACAGGAGGGAAAACCCUUGUGUUGCAACAUGAGAUAAUAUAGCCUAUGAUCAUAAUAUUCAUAUUAUAUAUUUGUACAUAGGCACUGAGGACAUUUUUGGCCUCCACAUAUUCAUUCAUUGUUUUACCUCCUACUUUUCCCCAUUUGGAUUCUCCUAAGUAGAAGGCCUAGGUGUAUCAUAUAAAGUUGGAUACUCCAGCGAUCGCUGAAGGAGCAAACCAAUGAUUUGUGAAUUUGUAAUAUGGUACACAUUGUACCAGAAGCCAAAUGAAAUGUUUAUUUCUGGUUUUACUUCAUAUUUGGUUUGCCAUACCAAAA